CCGCCUGGGUGAAAACCAGGAAUCCUAACCGCUAGACCAUAUGGGACACUGACAAUUCCGCACUACAAUUUUGUAGUAGAUAAUGUAAACAUUAGGAAAUGCGGUUUGUACUUUUGCUAACGUUCUAAAAUUAUGUUUUCGCUCUUUGAGUUACUUCUGAAACCACAGUUCUACGCAUUCAAGAACUGAAAAAAAAGAAAUAAAAAGAUUUUCUAAUCCGUGAAAAAUAUUCUAAAUUAAAAUAUAGUCAGACCUUCAAGCAUAACUAGAAGCGGGAGUCUUAUUUAUUCGCGUUCUUCUUAACAUAAAAACAAUUUAUUUGUAAUGAAAUUAGAACAAAGGAAGUUGCAUUACCACUUUAAGACGCACGCAGGUGCUGUUUGAUCAAAAUGACUGAAUUAACACGACCAAGUAAACAAAGAAAAUUCACUGGGUUUUGAUGCGAUUAAACUUCACACAUUUGAGAGAUUUAACUAUUUUAUUAUUAUUAUUACAAAUACAGAAAGUUUUGUGGAGGUAAAAUUAUUUAUAUUUCAUCCUGUAUGACUUUUUGACACCAAAAUGUCUGAAAGUUCAUCAGUGGAGAAAACAAUUUUUAGAAAAUAGAUUUUCAAAAUAAAAUACCACUUGAAAGCAAAAAGCACACAAACACAGAAGAAUAGGUGCACACCUUGUUUGCAAUGCUGCAAUUUGUCAGAACAUAAUUUACAUAAAGAGGAAGCAUGUGUGUUUGUUGGAUGGGGGGCGUGAGAUGUCAGAUCUUGCAAAUCCAUCAGACUUUAAUAUUGUCCCUUUUGGAUGUGAAAGAGAAGCUUUGUGUCCUGCAGCUCCAUUAUUUAACUGCUCAUUUGGCUUCAACAGCAGUCAUGAACUCCAGCACAGCAGUGGAAAACAUUUACCUCCUGGUGAUUGUAACUCUCAUCAGUGUCCUCCAGAAUGCCUUCUUUGCCCAGAAAGUAGAGCGGGAAUGCAAGAAUGAAAACAACCACACAUCCUCUUUUGAGCGAGUCUCUUGUGCCAACCGCAACUGCAUGGAUGCUUACCCUACUUUCCUGGCAGUCAUGUGGUGCGCUGGGGUUUGUCUCAGUCAAGCUCCUGCGGCGUUUGCUGGAAUCAUCUACCUACUGGUCAGGCAGAAAUACUUCAUUGGAUAUCUGGGACACACUUCUCAAAGCACGCCCGGUUACAUGUUUGGGAAACGCAUCAUUGGCUUCCUGUUCCUGAUGUGCAUCCUGGGAAUCUUUAACUUCCUGCUGUGCCGUUACUAUGGCAGCGACUACAAGGAAUACACGGAGACCAUCACGAACGCCGCGUCUGCCCUUCUGCUCCUCCCUUAGGUCGUCCUGAAACUUACAGUUAACUGAACUUUUGGCAAAACAUUAAAUAUUUAUUGCAAUAAAAUACGAUUUCUUUGCAUAUAAAUGUAUAUUUUAUUCAUAAUUUACAAACGUGAAUUGUUAAAAAAUAAAACAAAAAUGAUGUCAUGUCAUUGAAAAAUUACCAGUAAAGAUGUUUCUGUUUUUUACACAUUAUUUGUCUGUCAUCUUCAUAUCAACCACAAGUUAUUUUUCAGUUCUCGUCGCACAUUGGUGCCUCCAACAAUCAGUAGAUGUGGACUAUAGUCCCAACAGCCGUCCUCCAAGGGAGGGAACUCCUGACGUGUGCAACGAUGGAGAAACUAUUCCACCAAUAGCUCCAAUUCCCAAGAAAAGCUGCUUCGUCAUGUCACCCUUAGCUACAAUAGGAGAUAAACAAAGAUUUGACAUUAACCAGGUGUUUAAGACAAACAUAAAAAAUAAAAAAA